AUGUUUGACCCCUGCCAAAGCCACAGUCCAGCGCCACAGUCCAACCCCGCAGUCCGGCACCGCAGUCCAGCCCCGCAGUCCAGCAGCACAGUCCGGCCCCACAGUCCGGCCCCACAGUCCGGCCCCGCAGUCCGGCCCCGCAGUCCGGCCCCGCAGUCCGGCACCGCAGUCCGGCCCCGCAGUCCGGCCCCGCAGUCCGGCACCGCAGUCCGGCCCCGCAGUCCGGCCCCGCAGUCCGGCCCCGCAGUCCGGCCCCGCAGUCCGGCCCCGCAGUCCAGCCCCACAGUCCAGCCCCACAGUCCAGCAGCACAGUCCAGCAGCACAGAGUCCAGCCCCGCAGUCCAGCAGCACAGAGUCCAGCCCCGCAGUCCAGCAGCACAGAGUCCAGCCCCGCAGUCCAGCCCCGCAGUCCGGCCCCGCAGUCCGGCCCCGCAGUCCGGCCCCGCAGUCCGGCCCCGCAGUCCGGCCCCGCAGUCCGGCCCCGCAGUCCGGCCCCGCAGUCCAGCCCCACAGUCCAGCCCCACAGUCCAGCAGCACAGAGUCCAGCCCCGCAGUCCAGCAGCACAGAGUCCAGCCCCGCAGAGUCCAGCCCCGCAGUCCAGCCCCGCAGUCCAGCCCCGCAGUCCAGCCCCGCAGUCCAGCCCCGCAGUCCAGCCCCGCAGUCCAGCCCCGCAGUCCAGCCCCGCAGUCCAGCCCCGCAGUCCAGCCCCGCAGUCCAGCCCCGCAGUCCAGCCCCGCAGUCCAGCCCCGCAGUCCAGCCCCGCAGUGUUUGAUGGGAGUUUGACGGUGCUAUCCAUCACCCGGGAGGAUCGAGGCGCCUACACCUGCCGAGCCUUCAGCCCACAGGGAGAGGUUAUGCACAGCACAAGGCUGCUAGUGCAAGGGCCUCCGUUCAUUGUAUCCCCUCCAGAGAACAUCACCGUGAACAUCUCGCAGGAUGCCUUCUUCACCUGCCAGGCUGAGGCCUACCCCCGCAACCUGACCUACACAUGGUUUUGGGAAGAGGAAAAUGUCUUCUUCAAGAAUGACGUCAAGCGCAGAGUCAGUAUUCUCAUUGAUGGAUCCCUCAUCAUUGCUCAAGUGAAGCCAGAGGAUACUGGGAAGUACACCUGUGCACCCAGUAACAGCCUGGGCCACCCACCGACUGCCUCUGCCUACCUAACAGUGCAAUAUCCUGCCCGAGUGGUGAACAUGCCAGCUGUCAUUUAUGUGGCAAUCGGUCUGCCUGGCUUCAUCCGCUGCCCCGCUGAUGCCAACCCCCCGAUAACGAUGGUGAAGUGGAAGAAAGAUGGCCUCCCUCUUAGGAUAGACAAGUACCCCGGCUGGAGCCAGAUGGAAAACGGGAGCAUCCGUGUGGCAGAGGUGACAGAGGACUCACUCGGCACCUACACCUGUAUGCCUUACAAUGCCCUGGGUACUAUGGGAUGGUCCCUUCCUGCUCCCCUGGUGCUAAAGGACCCUCCCAAAUUUUCAGUGGUUCCUGGAGGGGAGUACAGGCAAGAGGCAGGGAGAGAACUUGUCAUCCCCUGCGAGGCUGAGGGAGACCCUUUUCCAGACAUCACAUGGAGGAAGGCAAGUCCACUCAGUUUGGAACGUGGGAAGAUUUUGCACUUACAGUUCAAGUCCCUGACCAAGGAGGACCACGGAGAGUGGGAGUGUGUGGCCACCAACGUAGCCACAAGCAUCACUGCCAGCACGCACGUCCAAGUCAUAGGCACAAGCCCUCAUGCUCCGUCCCAUGUCCAUGUGGUUGGGUCCUCCACUUGGGCCAAUGUGUCCUGGGAGGUGGGCUACGACGGAGGCUACCAGCAGACAUUCUCAGUCUGGCUGAAACGGGAGCAGUUGGGGCCUCACGACUGGCUGUCUGUGGCGGUUCCUGGGGGACGUGACUGGAUGAUGGUGCCAGGCCUGGAGCCAGAGACGACGUACCAGUUCAGUGUCUUGGCCCAAAACAAGCUGGGCACUGGCCCCUUCAGCGAGGUUGUCACUGUGAACACACUAGUAUUUCCUAGAAGUACCCCUGAACCCCUGGUGCUGCUUACCCCACCACGGUGCCUCACAGCCAAUCGCACGCAGCAGGGAGUGCUGCUCUCCUGGAUGCCACCUGCCAACCACACGUCACCUAUUCAGCAUUAUGUCAUGGAGUUCCGUCUGGGUGAGAAGUGGGAGGUUCUGGACGACAGCAUUCCUGCAGGAGAAACGGAGCUGCUGGCCCGGGACCUCAUUCAGGAGGCGUGGUAUGAGUUCCGUGUAAUGGCUGUCAUGGACGAUACCAUCAGCGAGCAGAGUAACAUAGUGGGAGUGUCCAGCACAGAUCUCAAGGCUCCUGUGGUUGUUCUGCAGAGGUCAGAAUACACAUGA